AAAUUGGUUUUAUCUAUCAUGUUGAGAAUUUAAUUUGUUUAAUAUUUUAUUGUUAAUCUACACAGAAAACUUCAGAGAGUGAAGAACCUGCCUCACUCGUCUGUGGAGAUGGGAGUAAAACAUCACUGAUGAAAACUUCAGAGAGUGAAGAACCUGCCUCACUCAUCUGUGGAGAUGGGAGUAAAACAUCACUGAUGAAAACUUCAGAGAGUGAAGAACCUGCCUCACUCGUCUGUGGAGAUGGGAGUAAAACAUCACUGAUGAUAACUUCAGAGAGUGAAGAACCUGCCUCACUCGUCUGUGGAGAUGGGAGUAAAACAUCACUGAUGAAAACUUCAGAGAGUGAAGAACCUGCCUCACUCGUCUGUGGAGAUGGGAGUAAAACAUCACUGAUGAUAACUUCAGAGAGUGAAGAACCUGCCUCACUCGUCUGUGGAGAUGGGAGUAAAACAUCACUGAUGUCAUUCCUGAAAAUCCUGCUGAAAAGGAUGCCAGAAGGAAACAAAAACAGCAAUGGUCAGAGAAGAGAAAGAGACAGGAACAAAACAUUUAGUGUUUUGAUGGUGUAGUUUUUUUUUUUUGUUUGUUUGUUUUAUAUGUAUGAGCAAGGUUAUAUAUUGUUUAGUGAUAUGAUAUAAUAUGCUUUGUUCAAGGUUAUCAAAGGUAAAGGGUAAAGUGCUUUACCUCAACACAUUUUUUUUUUUUUUUGUAUAUGAAAAAGCACACAUUAAAAUUUGCU